AUGCUACCGUACCUCUUUCCUGAACUUGCUGCCUUUCCCACAGUCGCUGACCUCAUUACGCACCUCCGCACUAGUGACACUCGCUACCGCGCUGCGCUUUCUGCUGAGUUCUGCGCCAAGAACACCCCCACCAUGUACAUCACUCUCUACUACAUAGUCACCCGCCUCCCUGACUCCCUUCGUGUAGUCAGGGACCACUUCCUCUCAGUCUGUCCCACCAUUCUCAUUGUUGACCUCCUCAAGAAGGCCCUCUUGGAAGCGGAGGAGAGCAUAGUCGCUGUAGGAGCCUCUCGUGGUGACCCUCGCACCCCCAUCUUUGAGGGUCGGUCGGUGCGCCGUCUACCCCUAGCGGGAGACGUCGCUCUGGCAAGGGCACGGGGGGCAAGGGCACUAGAGGGGCUAGCGGGGGCGGUGGUGGAGGCGGUGGAGGCGGCGGAGGGAGUAGGGGUGGCGGUGGGAGUGGUAGCGGGGGUGGAGGUGUCGGUGGCGGCAGUGGAGGUGGAGGCGGCGGCGGCGGCAGCGGUGAGGGCGGAGGUGGCGGAGGUGGAGGCGGUGGAGGAGGCGGUGGCGGAGGAGGUGGAGGUGGUCGGGGUGGCGCUGCGCAGAGGGCCGGCUCCGGUGGUGGUCAGCGCCAGCAGCAGCAGUGCUCUCGUUACACCCCCCACCCCUCAUCAGCUCCGUGAGUGGUACGCUGCACGUCAGCGGGGUGCUAGCGAGGCUGCUGCUCUAGGUGCCAGUGCGUCUGCUUCCUCAGGUGCUGGUGAGUCUGCUCUCUCAGGUACCGCGCCGGCUUCGGCCUCCCUCACUUUCACACAUGACUCCGGGGCUUCUCGCUCCUUCUUUCGAGACCGCACCACACUCGCGCCGCUAAGUCGGCCAGUUGCAGUCUCUCUGGCAGACCCCUCAGGGGGUCUUGUCCCUUCUCACUUCUCCACUGUCCUCCCGUGUCCGGCGGCCCCCUCUGGCACCUUGUCUGGUCUUUACCUCCCCUCGUUCUCUACGAACUUGGUGAGUGGUGCUGACCUACAGGAUGCGGGGGUUCACCAGUUCACUCCUGCGAGUCAUCGGGUGACCCACUGCACGGACGCUCGCUCAGGCCGGCACCUAGCCACGUUUACACGUCGGCCGGGGUCGAGCCUUUACAAUCUGACCACUGAGUCUCCUCCUGUCACUACCUCUGGUCAGGUAGCUGUGUCGGGUCAGGUGUUUGCUGCAGCGUCCAGGUCUGGUCCUGGGUCUGCCCUCUGCUCGUGUCACCUCCUGUCUCACGAGACUCUCCUGUGGCACCACCGUCUUGGUCACCCCUCCCUGCUUCGUCUCCGAGGCAUGGCCUCCUGUGUCCUUGUCUCUGGUCUUCCCCGGUCCCUCCCUCCCCUUCCUCCGGGGCCUGGCCCCACCUGCGUCCCCUGUGUCGAGGGGCGGCAGCGGGCUGCCCCUCACUCCUCCCUGUUUCCUCCGACAGAGGCCCCGCUGCAGACGCUUCACAUGGACGUGUGGGGCCCGGCCCGUGUCCGUGGACAGGGUCACGAGCGCUACUUCCUGCUGGUGGUUGACGACUACUCGCGUUACACCACAGUCUUCCCCUUGCGCAGCAAGGGUGAUGUCACUGAGGUGUUGAUCGACUGGAUCCGCGCAGCUCGUCUCCAGCUCAGGAGGAGCUUCGGCUCGGACUUUCCUGUUCUGCGUCUGCACUCUGACCGAGGUGGAGAGUUCUCCUCUGGCCUUCUGCGAGCCUACUGUCGUGCGCGAGGCAUCCGCCAGACCUUUACGCUUCCGGACCCUCCACAGCAAAAUGGGAUUGCUGAGCGCCGCAUUAGCAUGGUCAUGGACGUCGCCCGUACGUCCAUGAUGCAUGCGGCUGCCCCCCAUUUUCUGUGGCCGUUUGCGGUUCGGUACGCGGCGCAUCAGAUCAACCUUCACCCCAGGGUCUCCAUGCCGGAGACCUCCCCAGCUUUGCUGUGGACGGGGAAGGUUGGCGAUGCGUCUGCGUUCCGUGUCUGGGGAUCCCGGGCGUUUGUCCGCGACUUGUCUGCGGACAAACUGUCCCCUCGUGCUGUUCCCUGCGUCUUCCUUGGCUUCCCCCCUGACGCGCCAAUUCUACCACCCUACCUCUCGCCGUGUUCUGUCCUCCCAGGACGUCAUGUAGAGGCGGUCGAGCCUGUGGAGGUUACUGGUGACUCUGGGGGUGCUGAGCCUGGGGGUGCUGACUCUGGGGGUGCUGAGCAUGUCGGUGCUACGCCUGGGGGUGCUGAGCCUUGGGGUGCUACGCCUGGGGGUGCUGAGCCUGGGGGCGUUGAGCCUGGGGGUGCCACGUCUGGAGCUGCUGAGCCUGGGGGUGCGGAGCCUGCUGGUGCUGGGCCUGCUCGUGUGGCGUCUGGCGGUGCUGGGCCUGUAGGUUCUCCGGGUGCUUCGUCUGGGCGGGAGCUACUCUAUCCGCAGGAGCUACGCGAGUGGUUUGCCCGGCGCUGGAGGCGUGCUGCUGGAGCUGGUACUUCUUCGGCUGCUGAAGGUGGUGGUACCGCGGGUCCCAGAGGUGCUCGUACUGGGAGUACAGGAGCUGCUGGGCCUGCGGGUACGACUGGAGAUGGAGCUGCUGAGGGUGUUGGCACUGAGGCUACUGCUGUCGGUCCUGGAGGCGGUCCUGUUGGGGGUGCUACUGGUGCUGCUGGAGGUACUGCAGCUGGAGGUGCUGAUCGCGCUGCUUCUGCCGCUGGGGGUGCUGGUGCUAUCCUUGCUUCGGACUCUCUUCAUGCUACCAGUCCUACUGUCACGCGUCUCCUUGCUACUGUCGUCACUGACCCCUCCUUUGAGUCCAUUGCUGUCUCUGCCCUAGUUGCUGAGCUCGUCAAAUUUGCUGCUCGCUGUCGUCUAGACUACGCUGCUAUUGAGUCUGCGUCUGUCUUUCCUCCGUCCGUCGGGGGUGAGUGUGCUCUUGGCACGGACGUCCUUGAGGACAGGCAGGAGGAGUUCCAGUGUCUUGCUGCUACUUCACCUCAUCUCGUGUCCGUACUGCUUACCUCUGAGGGAGACCCGGAUGCACUUGACAUCCCGACUCCGCGCUCUUACGCGGAGGCCGUAGAGGGUCCCUACUCCUCUCAGUGGCAGGCAACUAUGGACGCAGAGAUGGCUUCCUGGAAGUCCACAGGCACCUACGUUGACGCGGUUCCCCCCGCUUGGGGCGAACAUCGUCAGUGGCAUGUGGAUCUUCAGGGUGAAGCGGCCGCCAGGUUCUCCACCUGUCUUCAAGGCGCGAUGACCACUCUUCGAGUGCUGCUGCACAUAGCUGCUCAGCGCGACUACGAGCUUCAGUCUCUUGACUUCAGCACUGCUUUCUUGCAGGGUAGCCUGCACGAGGAGAUCUGGCUGCGCCGCCCACCUGGCUUCACUGGGACUUUUCCUCCUGGCACCUAG